AUGGAAAAUACAAGAAGUAGUGAUGCAAUAGAAUCUUCCGAAGCCCGAAUGAACCGAAUGAAACAAAUGCUUACAACCUUAACAGAAUCUUUGAGGCAACAACCUUUGCCUCAUUCACCUCCUCCGGUCCAAGCAGAACCGGUAAACAAUGAUAUCAUCAGUUUGACUCAGAAAUUCAAUAAGAUAAAGCCACCGAUUUUCUUGGAUGGAAUUGAGCCGUUGAAAGCCGAGUCAUGGCUACUUGAAAUGGAAAAGUUAUUCGAAGUGUUUCCCUACUCCAAGACUCAGAAGGUUCUUUUGGCCACCUAUACCUUAAAAGAUGAAGCCCGAAGAUGGUGGUUGCUAAUCCGAAAUGACAAUGGGAACGUUACAUGGGUUCAAUUCAAAGAGAUCUUCUACGACAAGUACUUCCCUCAAUGCUUUCAAGACCGAAAAGUUUCUAAAUUUCAAGAACUCAAGCAAGGCAAUAUGUCAAUAACAAAGUACGAGGCCAAGUUCACGAAGGAGUUAAAACUGCCCAAAUAUGUAGAUGUUCUUGACAAAGCCUUCGUGGCUGAAGGCAACCUAGCAGCUAUAAAACAAACUAAGGCCCCAACAACAACAAAAUUGAGAGAUAAGAGGUCUGGGUACAGUUUCAGAAAGGGUCACUCUUUUGUAAACAAAAAGCAAAACACGGGGUCUGCAAGUAGCUCAAGUCAGAAUAGUGAGUUUAUUCCAGUUUGUCCUGAUUAUGGAAGGAAGCAUAGGAGUGUGUGUUACCGUGCAUCCGGUGCAUGUUUCCGAUGUGGCAAGACAAGCCAUGUAGUAAAAGAUUGUCCACUUUUGCCUGAUAAUGCCAACUGUUCUGCUACAAGUUCAGCCGAAUUUGAUUCUGUAUCUAGAACAAAUACGAGAGCUAACACUAUGAGAGAAACUUUAAGACAAGGCUGA